GGGGACACGAGGAGGAGGAGGAGAAGGAAGACGCCUGCGGGAAAAGUUUGGCUCAACUUGUGUGAAACUUUUCUGUCAUUCAACACCGAAGCGCCGGAGAGGACGGCGCGCACUCCGCGGCGCGCAGCAGGACAUCAAACCACACAGAGCGAAAUGGAUCGACUACUUCAUCUUUCCCUACUGGUGCUUAUCGACGCGUUGCUAUGGCAAUGCUGCCAUACCCAGCAGAGAGGACUUUUCCCAGCUGUGCUGAAUCUGGCUACCAUGGCAGACAUAACAACGAAUGCUACCUGUGGUGAAAAUGGUCCAGAGAUGUUCUGUAAACUGGUGGAGCAUGUGCCCGGUCAGCCUGUGAGGAACCCACAAUGUCGAAUCUGCAACCAACAGAGUCCAAACCCAGUUGAGCAUCAUCCUAUUGAAUAUGCCAUUGAUGGGACCAACCGUUGGUGGCAAAGUCCAUCUAUUAGGAAUGGAAUGGAUUACCAUUAUGUGACAAUCACUCUGGACUUAAAACAGGUUUUCCAGGUUGCUUACAUAAUAAUCAAGGCAGCCAACUCUCCUCGUCCAGGUAAUUGGAUCUUGGAGCGUUCAAUAGAUGGAGUGACUUUUGAACCUUGGCAGUACUAUGCCAUCACAGACACCGAGUGUCUGACAAGGUUCAACAUAAAUCCGCGGACAGGACCUCCAUCUUACACUAGAGAUGAUGAAGUGAUCUGCACGUCGUUUUAUUCAAAAAUUCAUCCUCUGGAGAACGGAGAGAUCCACACAUCUCUGAUCAAUGGGCGGCCCAGUGCAGAUGACCCAUCUCCAACCCUGCUAAACUUUACCUCUGCCCGCUACAUCAGGUUGGUUUUCCAGCGAAUACGAACGCUGAACGCCGACCUCAUGACUCUGACACUCAGGGACCCCAAAGAUAUUGAUUUCAUUGUGACAAGACGGUAUUAUUAUUCCAUUAAGGACAUCUCAGUUGGAGGGAUGUGUAUCUGUUAUGGCCAUGCCAAAGCGUGCCCACUCAACCCUGAUACAAAGAAGUUUAGCUGUGAAUGUGAGCACAAUACAUGCGGGGAGAGCUGUGAUCACUGUUGCCCGGGUUACCACCAGCAGCCAUGGAUGGCGGGGACCUUCCUCACCAGACAUGUCUGUGAAAAGUGCAACUGCCAUAAUAAGGCAGAGGAGUGCUACUUUAAUCAGACUGUGGCUGAUCUAUCACUAAGCCUUGACAUUCAUGGUCAGUAUCGAGGUGGUGGCGUCUGUACUGGCUGCCGGGACAACACAGCUGGAAUCAACUGUCAAAGCUGCAUUUCUGGUUACUACAGACCUUCAACGGUGAGUCCGGAUGAGGAGGACCCCUGCAUUCCAUGCUCGUGUGAUCCACAUGGUUCUAUCAGCCAAACUUGUGUUGCAGAUGAAAGCCAAGCUUCACCUGGUCAGCCAGCAGGGUCAUGCUGGUGUAAGGAAGGUUUCGGAGGUCUGCGAUGUGACAGGUGUGCUAUUGGAUAUAUGGGGUACCCAAACUGUGAGCGCUGUAAUUGCAGUGUGGAAGGAAGCAUCAACUCCGACCCGUGUGUGACCCCAUGUAUAUGCAAGGAACAUGUUGAAGGAGAGAACUGUGAUCGGUGUAAACUUGGUUUCUACAAUCUGCAAGGUAGUAAUCGACGUGGCUGCGAAAAAUGCUUCUGCAUGGGCAUUGCAAGCCAAUGCUCGUCCUCCACUUGGAACUUUGGGAAGGUGACCACUCUGGCUGGCUGGCACCUGCUUGGAGAGACAGGAGGGAGGGUGUGGCCUGUUCACAGAGAGACACCUUCUUAUCUAACGGUCAGACACUCAGAUAUUAUGAACAACCUUGGCUCCGCCUACUACUGGAACGCACCUGAAGUAUAUCUGGGAAACAAGAUUUCAGCCUAUGGAGGAGAUGUUGUAUUCACUGUGUCUUAUACAACACAUGAACAAGAGCAAGAGAAUAUCAGAGUCACCUCAGAGCCUGACCUUAUCAUAGAGGGAGGUGGGAUCAAGCUUAUAGACAAAAGGUUUGGCCAACCAGUAUAUCCAUCCUCGACAAGUACCAAACACAUUGUUCUCCUUCCUGAGAACUUCCUUGUCUCGGAGAUUGAGCAGCCGAUCAGUAGGAGAGAUUUCCUGCUAGUGCUGGCUAAUGUGACGAGUUUAAUGGUGCGGGCCUCAUACAGCACGGAAAUGAGCGCCGUCUACAGGCUUAACUCAUUCUCAAUGCAGGUGGCAGAUUCUUCUGCCAGUGGAAAGAUAGCAUCAGCUGUAGAAAUGUGUGACUGCCCUCCUGGAUAUGGAGGAUUAUCUUGUGAGACCUGUCUCCCUGGUUUUCGGAGGGUCCAUGGUAAACUGUAUAAUGGUGUGUGUGAACCUUGCCAGUGUCACGGACACAGUUUGCAUUGCCAUGAGUUCACAGGGAAUUGCCUGGACUGCAUCCACCACACCACUGGCCAUCAGUGCGAUACUUGUCUACCUGGUUACUAUGGCAAUGCCACCCAUGGGACACCUCAGGACUGUCAGCCAUGUGCUUGCCCACUUACUCUUCCUAGCAACAACUUUAGCCCCACAUGCCACCUUGGUGAAGGAGGAGAGCUGCUCUGUGACCGCUGUCAGCCCGGGUACACAGGGCCAAGAUGUGACAGAUGUUCCAAUGGGUACUACGGCCAACCUAACGUACCAGGAGAAUCCUGCCAACCCUGCAAUUGCAAUGGCAAUCUGGACCUUUCUGUACCAGACAGCUGCGAUCCGAUCACAGGUCAAUGUUUGAGGUGUCGCCAGGGUUACGAUGGCUUGACUUGUGACACCUGCAGUGAUGGUUACUAUGGAGACGCCAUCACUUUAAAGAACUGUCAACCCUGCCACUGCCACACCAAUGGUUCUCUAUCAGAAGUUUGUGACAAGGAAACUGGUCAAUGCCAGUGCAGAGAAAAUGUAGUCGGACUUCAGUGCGAUAAGUGUAAGGCUAACUGGUGGUGGGACGUUGAGCUCCAGGAAUGUAUGCCCUGCCGCUGCAGUCCUUACGGCUCCACGUCUCAGCGCUGUGACACAGAGGGCCGCUGCAUUUGCCGACCUGGCUUUGUCGGCCGACGCUGUAACCUUCGUCGCCUAGGUUACGAGAGGCGGGAGACGCGGCGGCCUAUUGAGAGUCUUCCCAUUGAAGCUGUGCAGCAGAGGUGGGGGGGGACCUCCCGCACAUCAGGGGGUUGUCCCAGGGGAGCUUACAGACCUCAGACAGGGGCUCAGACUCAUGGUGUCACCACAGGUGGAGUGUGUGUUCCAUGUCACUGCAACUCAUUCGGCUCAAAGUCUUUCGACUGUGAUGAAAUGGGUCAGUGUCGUUGUCAGCCAGGUGUCACUGGACCCAAAUGUGACAGAUGCUCAAGAGGAUUCUUCAACUUCCAGGAGGGCGGCUGCACACCCUGCCAGUGCAGUCAUGUGGGAAACAACUGUGAUGCGAAUACUGGACAGUGCAUCUGCCCUCCCAACACAAUUGGUGAGAGGUGUGACCGCUGUGCACCCAACCACUGGGGCCAUGAUAUCACAACUGGAUGUAAGGAGUGUGGCUGCAAUGGGAUCGGCUCAGAGACCCAGCAGUGCAACGUGAACACAGGCUGCUGCAAAUGUCGCGCUUCCUUCAGAGGAGAGAAAUGUGAUGAAUGUCAAAUCGGGUACAGAGACUUCCCUCAGUGUAUUCCGUGUGAGUGCAGUGUUGCAGGUUCGGACUGCGAGACCUGCGACCGGGAGAAAGGAGUAUGUGCCUGUGCGGACCGAACAGGAAAAUGUAGCUGCAAGGAAAAUGUGGAAGGACACAAUUGUGAUCAAUGUAAGUCAGAUACAUUUGGACUAUCUGAAAAAAAUCCUCUUGGCUGCAGCAAGUGCUACUGUUAUGGACUAACACGCUCAUGCACGGAGGCACGAGGACUCAUAAGGAUGUUGUUGACACUGAGGCCAGAGCAGACUGUGCUCCCCCUGGUGGAUAAAUCCAAUACUGUGGAGAAGAGGACAGGAGUUAGCUUCCAGCACCCUGAGAUCCUUGUUCAUGCAGAACUGGUUGCAGGGGCUUUGUCUGAGCCAUACUACUGGAGAUUGCCAGAGCAGUUUACAGGCUCUAUGAUCACAGCCUAUGGAGGGCAGCUGAAAUACGCUGUGUACUACGAGGCUAGAGAUGAAACUGGUCCGUCAUCCUAUGAGCCUCAAGUCAUUAUUAAAGGUGGUCCAAAUCACAACAUUCUAAUAACCCGGCACAUCCCAGGACUUCAGAUUGGUCAGCUCACUCGUCAUGAGAUCGACAUGACAGAGCAUGAAUGGAGGUAUGAAGAUGGCCGGUCUAUGACCCGAGAGGACUUCAUGGAUGUUUUGUUCUACGUGGACUACAUCCUCAUAAAGGCAUCACAUGGCAGUCUGAUGAGACAUAGCCGUAUUUCAGAAAUCAGCUUAACCGUAGCAGAGGAGGGAACGCCGACAGAGCUAAAUGAAAAAGCCCAUCAAAUAGAAAAAUGUGACUGUCCCACUGGAUACUCUGGGCUUUCCUGUGAGGAAUGUGCGGCAGGUUUCUAUCGUCUCCGCUAUGGGUCGCUGGUUUCUGUCCCAGCAUCCAGAGUGCCCACAGCUGCAGGCAUGGGCAGCUGUGUCCAGUGUCAGUGCAGUGGGCAUUCCUCCACUUGUGACCCUGAGACUUCAAUAUGCCAGAACUGCCAAGACAACACAGAGGGGGAUCACUGCGAACGCUGCGCUCCAGGAUUCUACGGCGUCGUCCGUGGUUCUACAGAUGACUGUAAACCUUGUGCCUGUCCCCUUACCAACCCUGAGAAUAAUUUUAGCCCUACAUGUGUGGCAGAAGGUUUUGAUGAUUUCCGUUGUACAGCCUGUCCUGAGGGAUAUGAGGGGAAAUACUGUGAAAGGUGUGCUACUGGUUAUCAUGGUAACCCGACGAUGCCAGGUGGUCGCUGUGAGGAGUGUAAGUGUUCCUCGUGGGGGUCAUUACCAGGACCAUGUAACCCUGUCACGGGCCAGUGCCGCUGCAGGGAUGGGGCUUCUGGAAUCUCGUGUGACCAGUGCAUGGAUAGGCAUGUGUGUGGAGCUUCUGGGAUAAUCUCCUGUGACGAUGAGUGCUCAGGUUUGCUAAUAAGUGACAUGGACCGUCUCUAUCGCAUCAUCACCGAAGUCACUCUGACUACACCCCUUCCACCACCAUAUAAAGUCCUGUACCGCUUUGAGAACAUGACAGACGAGAUCAAGCACAUGUUGUCGCCUCAGAAAGCUCCAGAGAGAUUACUGCAACUGGCCGACUCCAACCUGGGAUCACUGGUGGUUGAGAUGGACCAGCUACAUAGCAGGGCGACUAAGGUGUCCGCUGAUGGCGAGCAGGUAGAUGAUGAUGCAGACAGGAUUCAUAAACGAGCUCAGGACCUGGAGCAGUUCAUUAAAGACACACUGUUGGGAGCUAAAGAUCUCCAAUUCAAGGCUGCAGAGUUGAACAGGACCCUCUCAAGGAAAGAUGGAACCGCAGACAAAAGCCUUACCGAGAUGAAGGAGGAGAUUCAGGCGAUGCUCGCCGAGAUGAGAAAACGACAGCUGGGAGGAAUGAAAAGCAUUGCAGAAGAGGAGGAGGAUCUAGCAGAAGAGUUGUAUCAGAAAGUCAAAAGACUGUUUGGUGACCCUCAUCAAGCCACUGAGGAUUUAAAAGCCGAGAUCAAAGAAAAGCUGUCUGAUCAUGAGAGGAAACUCCAGGAGGCUCAAGAUUUACUGCAUUCUGCCCAAGGAAAGACGAGGCAGGCUGGCUCACUGGCAGAGAGCAACAAAGCCAACCUUACUCUUCUACAGAAAAAGCGAGAUGCAGUCAGCGGUGUGAAACAAGACGCACAAAAGAUCCUUGGAGAAGGAAAUAAUUUACUAGAUGAGGCAAAUCAGCUUUCUGACAACAUCAACAAGGAACUUGAGGAGUUAGAGGGGAUGGAAAGAGAUCUUGAUCCUCUUCAUGCUCAGCUGGAUGACAAAGUUCAGGGACUUGCUGAUGGCUUGAGUGAUGGUAGCGUUGCAGAAAAAGUCGGCGAAGCAGAGGAACAUGCCAAACAGCUGAAUGAGUCUGCUGCCAUUUUAGACGGCAUUUUGGCUGAAGCUAAAAACCUGUCUUUCAAUGCAACUGCUGCUGUCCAUGCUUAUAGUAAUAUUAAAGCCAAUAUUGAUGCAGCAGAGAAAGAGGCAAAGGCAGCCAAACAGAAUGCAAAUGAGGCUCUGUCACUGGUUUUGGGUCCAGAUGUUCCAGUAAAGGAAGCGGCUCAAAUUGCCCUCCAGAAGAGUCAAAUACUGCUGAACAAAGCCAAACAACUUCAGAAUGAUGUUAAAGAAAAUGCAGACAAUGUGGCGGGACUGAAGGGGAGAGUUAAAGCAGCGAGAGACAAAACCAAAGGCCUUCUGACUGCUGUUAAUGGAACCCUGGCUACACUCAACGCUAUGCCCAAUGAUACAUCAUCUAAAUUAGCAGCUACAAAAGCAGUAGCAGCUGAUGCCAAUGCUACAGCAAUAGACGUCCUAGAGCGCCUUGCAGAUCUGAACCUCCGCCUUGGAAACCUGCAGCUGAACUGCAGCGAGUUGGAAGAAACUGUUGACGCAGCCAAUCAGAUGAUCCAGGACCCUGAAAAAAACACAAUCAUCCAUGCUGCAGGAGCUAAAGUGAAGGAUUUGGAGGAUGAAGCCGACAGGCUGCUGGAGAAGCUGCAACCAAUUAAAAAGCUUCAAGACAAUUUGAGGCGGAACAUCUCACAAAUAAAGGAACUGAUCAACCAGGCCAGAAAGCAAGCCAAUUCAAUCAAAGUUUCUGUUUCAUCAGGUGGUGACUGUCUCCGUAGUUAUCGCCCUGAUAUCAGAAAAGGAAGGUACAAUACUAUCAUCCUUCAUGUUAAAACCACCACACCUGAUAACCUCCUUUUUUACCUUGGAUCUGCCAAAUAUGUUGAUUUCUUGGCCCUGGAGAUGCGCAAGGGGAAAGUGAAUUUCCUUUGGGAUGUGGGUUCAGGUGUGGGAAGGGUUGAAUAUCCCCAUCACACAAUCUACGACGGUAAUUGGUACCGGAUAGAAGCGUCUCGUAAUGGUCUGAAUGGUACCAUAUCAGUCUAUCCUUUGGACGGUCCUAUGGCUGGCAUGAUGCCAACACCCGCCAGUGCCAACUCACCCACAGCUUACACCAUCUUAGACGUUGACCAGAACGCCUACCUGUUUGUUGGAGGAAUUCUUGGCACUGCAAAGAAGGCAGAAGCAGUGAAAACAUCAACAUUUACGGGCUGCAUGGGAGAGACCUUCUUGGAUGGUAAACCUAUUGGUUUGUGGAACUACAGAGAGAGACAGGGAGACUGCAAAGGUUGCGUUGUCAGUCCUCAGCGAACCGAUGGUGAGGGGACAGUUCAGCUGGACGGGGAAGGCUAUGCUGCAGUUGGACGACCAACAAGGUGGAACCCAAAUGUUUCCACGAUAACCUUGAAGUUCCGCACUUUCUCCUCUGAUGCUUUGCUCAUGUACCUGGCCACUGAAGACAUGAAGGACUUCCUAUCUCUGGAGCUGUCAGAAGGGAAGGUGAGGGUGAAUUUUGACCUUGGAUCAGGGGUUGGUAGUGCCACAUCAGCUAACCGCCACAAUGAUGGACGCUGGAAAGCUCUCACCAUGUCAAGGAACAAAAAACAAGCUGUUGUGAUUGUCGUGGAUAUCAGCCAAGGUACUGAGGAAAAGAUUGUGGCCAUAUCCAAGGGUUCGGCUACUGGUCUUAAUCUGAAGGAAAAUCAGAAAAUAUAUUUUGGUGGUCUGCCAACGAUUGGAAACUACAGCAUGGCAGCCAGGUCAGAGGUGAUUCUGAAAAGGUAUGCAGGUUGUCUCAAAGACAUAGAAGUCUCCAGAACUCCAUAUAAUCUUCUAAGCAGCACUGAUUAUACAGGGGUUACUAAAGGAUGUAAUGUCGAGAAACUCUACACAGUGAGUUUUAGUAAACCAGGAUACAUGGAGCUGGAUGGCCUUUCUUUUGCAAUCAAUACGGAGAUCAGCUUGUCUUUCAGCACUCUAUCAGACACUGGGAUUAUAUUGCUGGCAGUAGGAGGGACUUCACCAAUCAGCAAAGAGCCUCGCCGUCCAAACUUAAAUUCAAAGAGAAGACGAAGACAGUCAGGAGAGCCCUACCUUUUAGUUAUGCUUAACAAAGGCUCUCUGGAGGUCCUCAUAAAUACUGGCAGUCAUACUCAGCGUCGUGUCGUCAGGCGGCCUGACCAAGGAAACCUGAAUGACGGCAGGGAGCAUUCCCUGCGCAUAGAAAGGCUGGCUGGAAGGUCCUUUGCAGUCCAGGUGGAUGAGGAACCCAAGAGAGAAGCAGGGCUUCCAAACGACCAGCCAAUGAGGCUGCGGCACAUUUUCCUUGGUGGUAUUCCACCAGAGGUGGAGCGGACAUCUAACAGAGUCAACAUCCCAUUCAAAGGAUGCAUAUGGAACCUUAUGGUUAAUUCAAUUCUCUCAGAUUUCUCUCAGCCUGUUUCCUUUGAAAAUGCCGAAAUUGGUCAGUGUCCAAACCUCGCUCCUCCACCACCUCCCCCUCCUCUACCAGAAGAAGAGAAAACGGAGGAAAAGAAAAUGGAUUUAAAACCACUCCAUCCUACAGUCCCCCCAGCUCCUGGAACACCACCUCCUAGUGGUCCAGAGGAGGCCACACCCCCUGUCCCAGCUGCUGCCACACCCAUCUCGCCUGCUGCUGUAGCAACACCCACUGCUAAUCUGGAUCCCAUUAUAGACCCGGACUCGUGUGCAUCAGCUGUGGCCCCGACAUCACUCGAAAAGGCAUAUCAGUUUGGACUGACCAGGAAUAGUCACAUGAGCUUCGCCUUUGAUGACACUAAAGUCAGAGAGAGGCUGCUGUUGGAGUUUGAGCUGAGGACAAAAGAGCUUUCUGGCCUUGUGCUCUAUAUGGCGAGAAUAAACCACGCAGACUUUGUUUCCAUCCAGAUCAAGGAGGGACAAGCUUGUCUUGGUUACGAUCUUGGUCAUGGAAACAUCUCUGGUUGCGUUCCCUUCUCCAUAAAUGAUGGUAACUGGCACAAUAUCCGUGUGACACGUACCAAGCAGAGAGCUGUGCUGGCAGUUGAGCGUAAAUAUACAAAACAGUUGUUUAGUCCAAAGACGGCGGACCUUUUAGAUGUGGUUGGAAUGGUGUAUGUUGGUGGAUUACCACAGAAUUACACCACAAAGCGCAUAGGACCAAUCGUCUACAGUAUUAAUGGAUGUAUCCGGAACUUAAUGAUGAGCGGAGGUCCUGUCAGCGCUAGGUCAGCUCCAGCAGUAAUUGAAGACUUUAAACUGGACAUGUCUGCACCCAACUCCAGUCACAUGGUUGGACGAUGUUUUGUUGCUACUGAAACAGGAACCUAUUUUGAUGGCUCUGGAUAUCUGAAAGCAGUAUCCUCCUAUAGAGUGGGUCUGGACGUGUCAAUAGCACUUGAGUUUCGAACCAGCAAAACCAGUGGAGUUCUCUUGGCAGUCAGUAACCAAGGCAAUGAUGGACUGGGUUUGGAAAUCGUCGAAGGCAAGCUGCUUUUCCACGUUGACAACGGAGCUGGCAGAAUCACUGCAGAGCAUGUGCCUACAGGCAAGAGCUUCUGUGAUGGCCAGUGGCACAGCGUCACUGCCAACAAGCUUCGCCACAGGCUGGAGCUGGUGGUCGAUGGGGAAAAGAGCCAAGCACAGUCUCCGAAUGCUCGCUCCAACACCUGUGAUACCAACGACCCCAUCUAUGUUGGAGGAUAUCCUGCUGGAGUUCGGCAGGCAGCUCUUUCUACCAGCUCUUCCUUCAGGGGCUGUAUGAGGAACCUGAAGAUCACUAAGGCUUCUAAGACCAUGGAUGUGCAGUUUAACAAGGCCCUGGAGAUUAAAGGAGUCCAGCCUCUAUCCUGCCCUGCUGGAUCUGCCUAAUGCUACCAUUUUCAUCCAGUAAUACCUUUCACAAAAGCUACUUUUAUCCUAUAAAGCAUGGAGUUUAUUACAUUUAGGCAAGAUCUGUGUUUGAAGCUUGACUGAAACCCCACAUCCCUCUCUUUGGUACAAGUAGUUUAAAAUACCAAAAGCUGUUAAACGUUCAAUGGAUCUGUUUUAACACUUCUUUUAAAGGAGAUAAGGCAUAAGAUUCCUUUAAGCCCCACAAUCUUAAUCUGCUGAGCCUCAACUAGGGCUUUAACCCAUUUGAUGUAUCUAUUGGCGUCAGCGUCCUUAUUACAGUGUUAUUCAUGAAGCAGGUGGCACACUUAUAAAGUCAGUGUUGCGCAGUUAAAUUAUAGAAGUGUGUGUUGGGCAGCAAUGGA